AUGUCUCCUUACUUCAGGUAUCGAUCCACCACGAUCCCAGGCCUUCUAGAAGCAUGGAUUGUUGAAUCUCUCGAAAGCCCCAGAGAUCGUCACUCCAGCGAGGACAAGAGCCACAAAUUAUACCUUCCACGUCUCACCGCCGAACAACUUAGAGCAACUGAGAAGAUCACCGCCCUCAAGGCCCAGAUCUCCAAGCGCAAGGCCAAGAUCGACUACUAUGAAUACCUUCACAGCGAACACAUGAGAAGCUUGAGCCACAACAUCACCCCUUACAUUCGCCAUCAGAUGGAACACGAAGCUGCGGGCAGGGGCAUCCGCAAGGGUAGUCAUUAUCAAAUGCACUUGAUGAUAAACCUGAGAAUCAGAGUACAGACUCUCAGAAACCAGGCUGCUCACUGGAUCGCUGAGAAUGCAGUUGCUGAGACUGAGAUCAAGGAGUUGUCACAAGAUAUGGGCUGGAAUCAGGACGAGAAAGAAGACGACGGCGAGGAUGACAAGUGGGAAGACGCACAAGGCUGA